AUGUCUGUUAUCUCGAUAUUCAAUAAAAAUGCUACAGUCUGGGUGUCGUCACUACUCAGCUUGCCAGCUGCUCUCCGAGUUGCCUUGCCCCCGUUAGUUCUUCCUCGUACGCUGCUCGAGCUCCUUGGGGAGGGCUCUGAUGAUGCACCUAAGAGCAUCAACGAAACAUAUAUGAAUGGUACUCUGCUAGCUGUCCCGAAGAAAAAGGUGUCGCAUCAAAAGAAAAGGCAGAAGUUAUACGGACCAGGGAGGAAGCAAUUAGACAUGUUACAUCACCUCAAUCGUUGUCCUUCAUGCGGUCAUUUUAAGAGGGCUAACACCCUUUGCAUGCAUUGUGUGGGUGAGAUCCGUCACAUUUGGAAAACUCACACAGCCAAGGAAACUCCAGAACCACAACAGGAAGUAAAUUUGUCCGACCUGGACCGAAGAAUCAUAUAUCCCGGGAAGAAGGAUACUGAAUAUAUGAAAAAGCUCAAAGACAGGGACAGUUAUUUGGAACGUCGCAUGCGGAGUCUUCCUGUGAAACAUUAA